AGUCGCAGUGCAGCGGUUUAUGGGAGCCACGGCGCAGGCGCAGUACCUUUUCGGUUUGCGAGGCGGGUUAAGGGUCGGUCUGCUUGGAGGUGGGCUGCUGAGAGCUGCACAAUGUCCGGCUCGGGGCUGGUGGCUGGUGAAGUGGCUGUAGAUGCGCUGCCCUAUUUCGACCAAGGCUACGAGGCGCCGGGCGUGCGGGAGGCGGCUGCGGCGCUGGUGGAGGAGGAGACGCGGCGCUACCGACCCACCAAGAACUACCUGAGUUACCUGCCGGCGCCCGAUUACAGCGCUUUCGAGACUGAGAUAAUGCGAAAUGAGUUUGAACGCCUAGCUGCUCGUCAGCCCAUAGAACUGCUGAGCAUGAAAAGGUAUGAACUGCCUGCUCCCUCCUCUGGGCAGAAAAAUGAUAUCACAGCGUGGCAAGAAUGUGUUAAUAACUCAAUGGCUCAGCUGCAGCAUCAGGCAGUUCGAAUUGAGAAUUUGGAGUUGAUGUCUCAGUAUGGCUGCAAUGCCUGGAAAGUACAUAAUGAACAUUUACUUCAUAUGAUUGAACAAGCACAAAAGGAGCUGCAAAGAUUGAGGAAACAUAUUCAGGACCUCAACUGGCAACGGAAGAACACGCAGCUCACAGCGGGUGCUAAACUUCGCGAGAUGGAAUCUACGUGGGUAUCUCUGGUCAGUAAAAACUAUGAGAUUGAACGGACUAUUGUGCAGCUGGAAAAUGAAAUUUCUCAAAUUAAGCAGCAACAUGGGGAGGCGAACAAAGAAAACAUUCAACAGGACUUUUGAGAUUUGACUUGGUCUUUUUCUUACAAAUGUGGAAAGCUGCCUGAAGCUGAUGCAUGGCUAUAGAUUCUACUAUCUGUGUGUCUUCGUGAUAUGGAAACCAUCACCUGUGUUAGCUGUUUCCUGAGACUUUAGAACAAGAAACUGAUUAGAGGGAGCAUAAUUAUUCCCUGAAAGAUUUACAACUCAAGUUUCCCAGUUUUCUAGCAUCAAUGAUGAGGUUUUUUGUGGGGCAUGGGGUGGGAAGAAGACCAUAUUUAAUUGUUGGGGUUUUUUAAAGGUCUGAAAAUAAACGUUUUUAAACUUCA